AAAUUACACCCGCAAAUUUUGUUUUAAUUGUAAUCGAGUGUUGCAGGCCGAUCAUGUCGGACGACAAGAAAAGCCUCGUCCACCCUGGUGACCUUUUGGCUGCCGUUAGAGCAAUCUACGGUUCCGAUUGCAAGAUUUUAGGAUGGGACGUAAAAUUAGGAAAUGAGACCGUGCAGGGUUUUGUUGCCUUGAUGCUGCGAGCACAGGUGGAGGUAAAAACCCCAAACGGCGGAGUCUCUGAAGUCAACUUGAUGGUCAAGAGAGCGCCAACGGUCGCUGGGCAAUUAGCAAUGGUCGAAAACUUUGGUAAUAUAAUAGCUCGCGAGGGAAUAUUUUUCAGCACCAUUCUACCUCGCCUGGAGGAAAACAGUCCCAACCUUCCCAUCGUGAAAGCUCUGGUUGCACAUAAAGAUGUGAUAAUCAUGGAAGAUCUUUGCGCCGCUGGAUUUAAGAACAUACCUAAAUCGAUGCAAGAUAUUGGAAGAGGUAAAAAGUUGACGUUCCCCUUGGCUCGUAUGUGCGUGAGAAAACUCGCAAAAAUACACGCUGCGUCAGCUAACGAAAAAUGGACGAAAAUUAUGCCGGUCGAGUUCUUUGACGUUGAUACUAUGGCGGACAGCAAAAACACCGAGCAUUUCCAGCAAUUUCUCAGUUUAAUGUUGCACACAGUUAUAAUUCCAAUAAUGAAGAAAAUUUUCCUCGAUACGCCAUCCAUUGAUAAAUUUAUUGAAUAUCUAUCAAGCCCACAGCUCUUUAGCAACGCCAUCGACGGCAUCAUUUGUGACAAAAACAAAGGACCUAAUGUUUUGGUCCACGGAGAUUGCCACUUGAACAACAUGAUGUUCAAACUGGAUGACAACAGAAAUCCAAUUGAUAUGCGAUUUAUCGACUUUCAAAUUACGAGAUACGGACAAGCCACCACUGAUUUGGUAUACUUUUUAUAUACCAGCGCUGGGAAGGAGUUCAGAGAAAAAUAUGAAAUGGACUUAAUCCGCGCCUACGUGGAGGCGUUCAAUGCCGAACUCUGUGUAACGCCCGACCUCCUUAACUUCGACAGUUUCUGGAAAAGUUACGAAGAAGCUCGUUAUUACGGUGUUGUUGUAGCUUUGGCCAUCAAGCCUAUGCAGUUUUUGACGGCAUUUGCACCUCCCAGUGGUGGAGAGCUCAAAGAUGAGUAUUUUGAAGAAAAGGAUAAAAUAGCGAAUUUGCCCGCUAUUGCAGCUGCCGCCUACGAAAAUGAUAUACUUUUCAAGGAGGAAAUGGACUGCUUAAUUCCUCACGCAAUGGCUGUCAUGAACAAAUAUGUAUUUGCUUAAUAAAAAAAAAAUGCAUUCUUACAUACUUGUAAGUUUAUU